GUUCCUGUACCAAGAGGAUAUGGAUGCGGACAGCGUGGCUGUUCUCCGCUUCUUUCAGCACCUGAGCUCUGUCGAGUGGCGUCCUCGCCCGCUUAGGCCACCUGCCUUGGUGGCUAUGGAAACUGCGGCAGACGCCUUUGGCAAGGGUAACCAAUGCGGGGUAGGAGGCUGGCUCAAGUUCCCCAGUGGUCGUAUGGUAUGGUUUUCUCAGCUUUUUGAUGUGCAGCAGUUCACAGCUUUGGGCAUACCUGUGCAAAGUGAUGCCAACCUUGACAUCUCCAGCUACGAGACCCUGGCACAGUGCUUUAUUUUGCUUGCUUUCUGGAAAUUCUCAG